AUGCACUCCUCGCACAGACUUACGAUCCACCGCGCGAUUCUGACCAUCACCAUUCUGAUACUCAUCCAAAGCGACACUGCUGAUGGCCAUGUUCACGGCCAGUCUCUGCUCGCAGGCAAUGAGUUGAAGGAGUUCAAGAAGCGGGAAAGCUCGGAAGACAAGCAAGAGAACGGCCAGAAUGUGUACGGGCUUGGAGUACGAAUGGGAAGUUAUUUACAAGCGUUUGCCUACCUCCUCGGAUUCAUGACUCUCGAAAGCAUAGAUGCGAAAGGCCAAUUCUCUGGCAUCAUACUGGCCUUCCAACUUCUCAUCCGUUGGACUUUUCGCUUCCAUACCGACAAGAUGGCGAUUCCUGAGCUUUGGGUGGGGCUGGCGCAGCUCCUCCUUUUCACAACACCAGGCGCAUUUCUGUUGUUCUUGAGCUUUAGUACCACGCGAAGGCACUGGAAGACUACAGACGGCAGGGGACUGUUGCGUCAUGAGGUGAUCCGCGGCGAAGGGCUCAACUUCCUGCAGGUUUUCGCUGUCCUGGCAUGGGUGAAUGCUUUACACAUUCUGUUCGCGAUUAAGAUUCAGCAGCACUCGGCCCUGGACAACCCUAUCUGGAUGAUGAAGACGUGGAAAUCAGACUCCACCGCGAUUAAAUUGUUCAUGAUAACUCACGCUAUCGUCAUAGCCGCCUUGGAGGUGAUACCAUACAUGUUCUACCUGUGCGCCUGCUAUACAUAUGUCGAAAACGUCUGCCGCCAGCUCCGCGGCCUUAGGGAUGAUGAGAGAACACAGAGACGCUACAAUCGAAUCGAAACCGACGAGGACAAUUCGCGCAAAAGACGGAAUUGCAUCAACAGAGCACUAGUGAUGCUGUUACCGAUUGUUGCCAUCGUUCUCGUCGGAUAUGUGGUCAUACUCAUCAUUUCGGUCGAACUCACGAUUCGCGAUGCGAAGCUGCACCCGCAAAGCGACAUAUUGCACGACCCAGGCCAGCUACUUCCUUUGCUCACGGGUGGUCUGUCGUUGAUAUCGGCUCUUGUCAACAUUGCAAACGGCAAGCAAAAUCUGCUCAUGUCGAAGACGCCUGUAAGACAUUCGAGAACGCCGAGCGACAACUUCGAUGGAAUCCUGCAGCGAAGCAAAGAUGGCGACGACGACGGCGAGCAGCUGCUGAAGAAGGUGCGUCCGUCGGUGCACCGGCAGCGCACCUUCCGGCAGCAACACCUCUCCGGCUGGCGAGUGGGCGCCAUCGGCGCCGCCGUUGCUGCCGCCGUCGUGCUCGUCCUCAACAUCUCGGCCACCCUGUGGGUGACCUUCAGCCCGUUUCCGAAAAAGGACGGCAUCGGCACGCUCCUCGAGGGCAGCUGUGCCGACGUCAAGCAAUCCAGCCGCUGGAUCCACCUCGUCAUCAACAUCCUGAGCACCGUCCUCCUCAGCUGCAGCAACUACUGCAUGCAAGUCCUGGCCUCGCCCACCAGAGACGAGAUCGUCAAGGCCCACAACCGCCGCUUCUGGCUGCACAUCGGAGUGCCCAAUCUUCGGAACCUGCUCUACAUCGCCAAAGACCGCCGGAAUCUGUUCCUCCUCCUGGCCGUCAGCUCCGUUCCGCUGCAUCUCUUGUUCAACUCGGUUGUCUUUGCCAACAUUCAGGCCAACGAGUAUCAAGUCAUCCCCGCCACCCCGGACUUCCUGAAUGGCGGCACUUACAAGACCACCGCGCUCGUCCCGGACCACAUCUGGACGCGGAAUUCCACCGACGACGUCGUUGCAGUCGACAUCGCCAACUACACUCGAUCCCUCGUGGCGAACGCGACCGAACUGAGGGACAAAAUCCAACGCCGCGAGAUCCAGUACGAGAACAUGACUGCCGAGUGGUGCAUUAAGAACUACGCCCAGCAGUUCAUCUCAAAGUACGGCCACGUGCUCGUCGUCCAAGAUGAAAUCGACUUCCACGGCCUCACAGCCGGCAACGCUACCUUCGAUUCCUUCGACUGCGCCAUCGACGGCAUUCGCCAGCAGGGAGACGCCUCGCUCACAUCCUGCCGCACCAGCAUCCCCUUCCAUUCGGCUCCGAACGUGUUCCCGGCCUGGGAUUGGCAGUGCCCGCCGCCGUGGCAGGACAAUUGCACCCAGGUAGACUACGACGUGCUGGAGAGCCAGCCGCAGUGGGCCCCGUACGGCUCGCCCGCCCGCUAUUGCCUGGCCGAGGUGGUCAAGGAGCAUUGCAGGCUGCAGUUCAGCUUCGCAAUCGCCGCCGCCGUCAUCGUCUGCAACAUCAUCAAAACCGUUUGCAUGGGAUACAUCGUGUGGAAGUACCGACAGACGUUUCUGGCCACCAUCGGCGACGCCAUCGCCUCCUUCCUCGACGAUCCGGACCCGGAGACCAAGGACCGCUGCCUGUACUCGCGCCAGGUCUUCAAGAAAGAGUGGGAGUGGAUGCGACACAACGACCUACGCGACCCAAAGGCCGUGGCCGUGGAGCCGGAGCGGUACAGCUCGCGACGACCGUUCUGGGGGCUCGCCGUCAGCAAGACGCGCUGGUUCGCCACCUACUUCAUGUACUCGGUCGCCCUCAUCAUCGGCGCCGUCAGCAUCAAGCGGACGCUGGCCGGCAUGCCGACAGACAUCCGCGCCCUCUGGCACACCGGUUUCGGCGACCUCCUGGGCAACAACCUCAUAUCGGGCUCGGUCGGCAACAGCGUGCUCGGCAGCGUGCUGCUCGCCAACCUGCCGCAGGCGCUCCUCUCGUACCUCUACCUCGUCUUCAACGCCCUCUACACGUGCAUGCUCCUCACGCGCGAAUGGACGCAGUACCUCGCCCACCGCAAGCCGCUGCGCGUCACGUGCCCCGCCGGCCGCCAGCGCAGCACCUACUGGCUGCACCUCCCCUACCGCUACUCGGCGCCCCUGCUCGUCGCCAGCGGCCUCCUCCACUGGCUCGCCAGCCAGUCCCUCUUCCUCGUCCAGGUCACCGUCCUCGCCGAGGCCGACCGCGACCCCGCCGCCGCCCGCCAGAUCUCCACCUGCGGCUACUCCCCCGUCGCCAUCAUCCUGACCGUCGCCGUCGGCAGCCUCAUCAUGCUCGGCGGCUUGGCACUCGCCUUGCGCCGCUACCCCGCGGGCAUGCCGCUGGCCAGCAGCUGCAGCGCGACCAUCAGCGCCGCUUGCCACCCGCCCGAGGACGAUGUGGAUGCGUCGGUGUUGCCGGUGCAGUGGGGGGUCGUGAGGGAGCCGGCCGGGUGGGGGCCGGGGGAGGUGGGGCACUGUUCGUUUUCGAGCUUUGAGGUGAAGGCGAUGGUGAGGGGGAGGUUGUAUGCGUGA